AUGGGACCGCAGCAACUUACGACACCGCCGAGUGCGGAACGCCAAGUGCCAAACCGCGCCAAGCCACAGCGCCACACGUCAGCCCCAAUCAGUUUAUUAUAUGGCUGCCUCCCCCUUCCCAUUACUUGGGCUGCUGCCAAUGUUGUCCUUCUACACGUCGCAUUACAUGAUCCAACACGAUCCCGAUUCCUGUCAUUUAUUACCUCCUUAGUUAGAAUAUACCAACCCACCCGUUGUCUAUCCUGGGAGCACUCCAAAGCCGUAAACAUGGCCAUCUGCAUCACCUUCGGAACACAUGGCCAACAUUGGAAUGGUCAUUGUUUGACGAGAUGGCCGUGGUUCACCGUCUGCUUCAUUCCUGUCAUCCCUCUCGCAACACAUAAGUACAAGGAAGUAACCUGCUAUACAUGCCGCUUCACGCAGGAUCUACGCGACCGUCCUGAUAUCACACCAGAUACAAGACCCCCUCCAGGUGUUGUACCGGGUCAACUACCGCAGGCGUACUAUGGCGGCGGUGCGCCUUUCUAUCCCCCGCAGCAGGCAUCGGGCCCGCCUCCACAGGCGUCCGGGGGUGUGGUAGCGCCGCAGCAGCAGGCAGAGCAGCAGAACCAUGUGUAUAAGUGA